GACUAUAUAUCAUGUGACUGUCAUGGAGGCGUAUAAAACAAGUAUUUUCAUAAACUUUAUGGUUUUAUUUAUGUUUAGUAAGUUUUUAUUGAAGGUUAGUAAAAGAAAAAAGUAACUUACUGAGUACUAUAUUGGAAUUUCAGAUCAUUUUCAAAUGGGCGUCUGUUCUUCAUAUAAUAAAUAUGAAAAUAUAUUAUCGAUAUAUAUGCAUCCUGAAGAUACAAUAAUCCCAAUACUUAAAUCUGAAAAUAUGGUUAAAGAAGAACUAAGUAAGAAGUUAGGCAUUGAUGAAGCUCGCCUUUCUAUACAAAAUCAAGCAAAUUAUGACUUAGUAAUUCAAUAUAAAAGUGAUGAAUGCUAUCGUUGUUCAUUUGAAGAAAUCGGACUUGUUGCUGGCCAGUCCACAUGGUCAACGACUAUAGACACUAGAUGGCCCGUCAAAUUACUUGUACAGUCAAAGGGCAAUGUGAAUUGCAGCGUUGUCGAUUAUCACUUUAAGGAAUAUGGUGAUUAUUGGUGGACGUUUACCAAGAAUAACUGUGGGGCUAUAACUUUAAAUAAUUCGCCAAAGGAUGCUUUCAUACGUACGACCAACACAUAUUCUUUAUGA